CUCUUGAGGACUUCAUACAACUCACAAGAAGCUGAAUGGUCUGUUGACUAGAUGAUAUCGAUAGUCACUCAAGAAGAGGAAGCUAUAAAGAAGAAUUCCUCUCACUCAAUAAACUAUGUUUCUCAUGGCUCUAACAGCAAAUCUGGAGGGUCAUAUAAGAAAAAGGGGAAGAAGCAUGAUGCACCAAAGUUUAAUAAUCCAACCUUUAAGAAGGAUGGUGAUAAGGGUGAGAAGUUGAGGAAGAAACCCUUUAAAGGGUUAUGCAAUUAUUGCAAGAAACCGGGUCACAUUAAAGCUAAUUGCUUCAAAUUGAAGAACAAACAAGAAAGUGAAGGAGCUAAGAAACCAGAAGGUUCCAAGUGAGGCACAGAGGUCAAUCUUUGGCAUAGCAGG